UGCAGUUUUUUCCUUUUCGUAAAAAAUCCCCGCAUGCAGUUGAACUUGUCCGGGAAGUGCUCGACAGAAGUCCCGUAAGAACUCCACCGGGCAGACGACAACCAAGCUAUCAAGUAUUUCGAUUUUGAGUUUUUAUCUAACUAUUAAUUUCAAAGAAUGCAACGAUUAUCAUCCAUAUUUCGACGAGCUGUACUCUCUUCGUUCUCAAUUUUGUUCACAAAAUCACCAUCUCCUUGCGGUUUUCACUCAAAACCCAGUUUCACCACCUUUUCUCUCCGAAAGAAUGGAGGAAAUCUGCAUCCCGUGGCGAUUCCGGGUAAUUUCUUGAAGUGGGCUUCACUUGGUUCGGUCAGAACCUCAAGGUUUGCUACUGGGUUCGCGCCGCUGGAGCCGAAGCCAAUUGAUUCCAUCAUGGAUGUCGAGAGAGCUAAGAGUAAAUCGACUGAGGAGCUUGUUUCUAUCUGGGAUGAUUAUCACCUGGGAAGAGGUCAUAUUGGGUUGUCCAUGAAAGCAAAGCUUUAUCAUUUGUUGGAGCAAAGAGCAACUGAUUGCCGGUAUUUUGUCAUUCCUUUGUGGAGAGGAAGCGGUUAUACAACAAUGUUUGCUCAAGUGCAGAUGCCACACAUCCUUUUCACUGGUCUUGAAGAUUACAAGGCAAGAGGAACUCAAGCAGCUCCCUACUUGACUGCAACUUUUUACACCGAAUUUGCAGAAACCAAGGACUUGGUACUUAUACGGGGAGAUGUCGUGUUCACCAGCAAGCUCACCGAUGAAGAAGCGAAGUGGCUUCUGGAGACGGUUCAGUCUUUCUAUCUGAAUAAUACGAGGUACAAACUCGUUGAACGGUUUAAUAAAGAAACACGAGAUUUUGAAUUCAAGGAUGUUCUACGAGCUUUGGACAUGCCUGUUCUGUGAUCUUUGUUUUUUUUUUUUUUCUGAAAAAAUAAAAUCCCGCAAAACAUUUUGAUAUUGUGGAAUAGAAUUCCUUCUACGAUGUCGAGAGAAAAGUAGAUCGAGAUUGAUUUUUCUCUAGUUAAUAUUGAGAUUAAGCAUAUUUAGAAAAACUGAGAGGUUUGUAUAAGCUUUAUUUGUUGGAAAAUUGUAAUGGCUAAAUUAAAGCAAGUAAUAUUGUUUUUUUUUC